AUGGGGUCCGAUCCUACGCCUCGUAACUCCUUUUACAGUCCCCCAACGCACAUUCCGGGCUUUUCAACAGAUUUCAAUCCAAAGGCGGUGCAGGAAGCCGCUCAAAACCCACCUCCAAAGAAGAGGCCGAUCAGUGGCCAAUAUAUCGAAUCUGUACCCUCGGGGAGAUAUCAUGUUCCAGCAGGCAUGUCGAUGGAAAAACACCUCAAGCGACAAGCCAAUAUACAAAUGGCGAAGCGCACGAUCGUUGCUUUGAAGGCCUCUAGAUGGAUCAUGCUCGCAGCAAGACUCUUACAGCUUAUAGCCGCUAUUGGUCUGGUUGUGCUCUUGAUUACUCUCAGAGGAAUGGAUACUAUAAAUGGGUGGAUUAUGAGAAUACCACCUGGUGUGGCAAUCCUACAUAUCGUCUACUCGAUCUACCAUAAUGCAAGGGAUCCAAAGGAACGGCCACCGCUGUCAUCCGCCGGGUAUGCUCUCUUUGCUGUUGGAUCAGAUUGUUGUAUUAUACCUUUCUAUGUUUUCAUCGCUCUAUGGACUUGGCAGCAACGUACCGAAAUGAUCGCAAACCCAAAUAAUCCAGAUAAUUGGGUCAGCGUUUUCAAUAAGGAUAAUGCAGAAUUCAGUCAGCUCAUGGUUUUUAUUUCUUUCAUCACGGCUUGUGCCGGAGGCGGCCUGAUGGUUAUGACCGUUAUGCUCGGACUCUUCAUUGCUAUAACUUUCCGUCGUAUCUCUCGUCUCCCGCCAGAUAUGAACCCGCUCGAUGAUACCACCUAUACAUCUUUGACUACGAGACCGUCCAGCAAGCGUUUCUCCAAAUCCUCCGACUUAUCUAGCGAUUCUUUCGAGAAAUCAGCAUCUCGUGAUGUCUCUCCCAAACGUGCUGUUCCAUUCCUCGAAGUUCGUACUAAAAAUGGGUCUCUUAAUUGGGAAUUUACCAAGGAUUCGGACUCUUAUACUAAAAGUGCUCUGGAUCUCUCUGGCGCCCCAAAUAUCAUGAGCGAUGCACCUCUUCUACCACCACCUCACAAGUUUGGAGACUAUGGGGAUACACGCCGGAGGUCCCAGGAUCAAUCAAGGUCGGCUCCAAACUCACCAGGACACCGCAAGAAUAAAAGCAUGGGCUAUUACUCCGAUCAUGACAACGGCCCAAGCAAUCCACCACGCCAACCACGCCAGACCUAUAAACAAAGACCAGCCGAAUGGUGGACAGCUUCAAAUCUCCAAUCGAACCUCGGCAAUGCCUUCCCUAUCUUCAACGGUGGUCAAAAUUCCAGGUACAGCGCUGUUUCCCAAGGCGAAGACACCCAUAGCACCUCAACCUUUGGUGGCGACCCCCAUGUCUCUCGUAACACUUUUGGCCGCGCACCAUCCCAUACUACUGGACAACCGGAUUUGCCCCCUCAAAUUGCUUCCUAUGCAGGCAGUAUCUCGACUGCCACGGCCCCAUCCGUCGUUUCAAGUAUGCCGCAAUCCAACCCUAAUCGCAACAGCUUCGGCGUCAACCAAAUCCACAUGUCUACUCCUCCCGGCGUCGCCCCAACUUUGGGUUCCUUAGGUACACUUGGAACCUUCGCCACUGAUCUUACCCCUCGUCCAUUGUCUUUCCCUACCAAUCGUUCUGCGCCUGGUUCUCCAACAAAGAACAGCCCGAAUCAUCACCAUAGAAAUUCUGUCGGUCGCAUCCCAUACGCUAGACCGAAUGCAGGUGGAUCACCUGGAAACUCCCCUACAAAGCCUGUUAACGGUGUCCUUGGAAGCUAUGCCCGUCCUCCGCCACAAACUAGUUUGACACCACCGCAAAUGAGUCCCACAAAGAGUGGUGUAUCUGGUACAAGGAUGGCUGAUAACUUUGGCCCUAACUCAUAUGCUAAAGGUGGAAGUCCUCAGAGCAAUGGUACUGGUUUGAUGACACCCAUUCACUCUACGCCUUCGUCACCUACAAAGGGUACCCCUCCAAAUGGCACUGCUGGUAAGAAGAAGAAGUAUGAAACACUUUCGCAGAACUCUCCGGGUAGAAGCACCAGCUGGGAAAAGAAGCAGCAACAGAUCCAAGCUCAAUUAGCUAGGAGCCAGCAGGGAGGGUAUAGCUCUGGUGAAGAUAGGUCUAGAAUCAAGAAGAUGGAUAAGGGCAGAAGGAAGAGUUUGAAAGAAUUGCGCGACGAGAGGGAGAAGGAGAGAGAGCGUGAGAAGGAAGGUAAGACCAGAGUUGUUAGCAACUCAGGCGCAGAUUUCGGUCACAUGUUUGGUAAUGCGAACGGGGGUGGGGUUAGAGGACGUGUUAUCAGCGGUAGUCAAGUAGUGUAA